GUAGUAUUUUCUUGUGUAUUUUGAGAAUCUCAGAUUCUGUGUACAAGAGGGAAACGGGAACUCUGUAAAGUAAUUGUAAACCUCGUGAUAUUUUUGCAUUUGGUCAAAGCCAAGUUGAUGGGUGGGUGGUACCAAAGACACAGAAGAACUCUCAGUUGUCCUUCUAAACUCAAUUCAGACAGACAUCUGAAAGAAGUUAUGGCUCGGAGGACCUUCAUCUUGCGGUGCAGGCACAUUCUUCAUGACUGUACACGGCGUCUGUUGAUGGACGAUGUUGGAUCUGGUGUGCAACUCUUAACAUUGACGAGGCUAGAGACAAUGCACAGAAGCCUCCAGUGGGCAAGGGGAAGACUGAUCAAUGUCACAGCUGCAGACCAACUUCUCAGCGACGUGGCUGAAUUAAUUCAGGAGGUAGUUUUGGCUACCAGGCACCGCUGGUUUUGAGUGGAGGUAGAGGUCGACCACAUUACUGUGUCACUCGGGAACAGCUGUCAUUCUUAAGGUCAUGUGGCUUCACUGCACCCCAGAUGGCAGAUAUUCUGCAUGUGUCUGUGCGUACAGUUAGACGACGUUUGAGACAGUUACACUGCACUCGCGCUUCAUUGUAUGCAGACUUGACCGAUUCUGCCCUAGAAGAACAUGUGCAAGACAUUGUGGCUGGCAAUGACCUAGUUGGUCCUGAGGCUGUGAGGGCAUCGCUGCAUGCAAGUGGACUCCGUGUGCAGAGAAGGAGAGUGCGAGCAAGCAUGAUUCGAUUAAAUCCUGGAGCUGCUGCGCUUCGAGCAGUUCUGCAGAGACCAGCGCGACGGUCUUAUCAGGUGGCAGGUCCAAACUCAUUGUGGCACAUUGAUGGAAACCACAAGCUGAGAAGGUGGCGGAUAGUUAUUCAUGGGGCUAUAGAUGGGUUUAGUCGCCUUGUGGUCUUCCUGCGUGCCUCCAACAACAACCGCAGCAGCACUGUGUUGGACAGCUUCAUCAGUGCUGUGAUCCACUAUGGCAUACCCUCCAGGGUCAGGACGGACAGAGGUGGUGAGAACAGCGCAGUCUGGCUGAUGAUGAACAUCUACAGAGGCUUUGACCGUGUACCCACAAUCAGAGAAUUGAGAGGCUCUGGGGUGAUCUCUGGCGUGGACUGACGAAUGUCUAUUAUGACUUAUUCCACCAUCUGGAGAGCGAGGGCAUCAUUAAUGUUGACAGUGAGAGGGACCUCUGGGCUCUCCAUUAUGUCUAUCUGCCAAGGAUCAACCGGGACUUAAACGACUUUACAAAUCAAUGGAAUAACCAUGGUUUGAGAACAGAGAGACACAUGAGCCCACUACAGAUUUUUGUUAGAGGCUGCCUUGAGCAACAGGGCCGACCAUCAACUGCCAUGCAGGACAUCUUUGUGGCCAGAGCUGCUGGUGGUGGUGGUCAAGAAGCUGCUGCUGGAAUUCCUAGGACAGAAGAGCUGGAGUUGCUGCUAGACUGGCCAGAAAGACGGAUUACUGUGCCUGACAUUCACUACAUGUCCUGUAAUGGAGGAAGUACAAGCACGGUUCGACCCACUCAGUGGCCCCAGAGGAAAUCAUGGCAUACAGAUAAUCCGUGAUCUUGUAUCUUUUUUGGAUUCAGCGUUGGGAUCACAGGGACUUCACAGAUGUGUUCAUAUUUGAUCUUAACUGAACUUUCUUUCAUGUGAGUCAUUGAACUUGCUCAGGAAUCCCCAAAAAGGCAGUAGUGAAAAAGAAAUGUAUUGGGUUGGAGGCAGGGAUGCCCAUGUAGGGCUUUUGUACUUUUGACUACUUUUUCCACCACUGUGAAAGACGUACUUUGUAAUCUAUUAAAAUUUCUUACCCUAUUUUCCCUUUUAAAUUCUUCCAUCCACUAGAUACAACGUGGAUGGCACCACUCAGAUGACUGGGAAGCCUAUCUGUCCCCAUCUCUUAAAAGAAGAGCAUCACCACAGCAGCCCCACUGUGCGCAUCCAGCCAGCCAGUUAAAGAGCUGAAGUUCAAACAGCCCCAAGAACUGAAGGUUUUGCCCAAGAACUUCCACUCACCCUACGAUGGACUGGACCACGAGUGAUGCCCAUCACCAGCUGGAGCCUCACGCAGACGCACACACACACACUGAUGUACUUAGGCUAUAUUGGUUACAGUUGUUCAUUAAAAUUAGCGUAAUUAUAUUUUUGCAUUAUUUUUUAAAUACCUUUUACUGGUUUUAAUGGUUUUAACAUAAUUCCUAAUUGUUCAAAGUAUUAAGUCAAAUAUCUAGUAGUAGUCAAGACUCCAAUCAAUUGUCUCUCACAAAUAGUCUGACAGAUUCUUUAUCCUGGUUGUUCAUAAUAAUAAUUUUGAAUGUUGUGUGGUUUACACAGUAAAAUAAAUUUCAACCUUUACUGAUUAAACCGAUUUCAUUUUGUCAUUAUCAGCCAACAUUAUUCACAAUGUAAAGAUAGCUUAUUGAUGAUUAACAUGAUUUCAAAACAUGCAUCUUAUUAUUUAGCUUAGGUAUCAUCAGAAGGUAUGCUUUCACAAAGACUUCAGGUAACCUUUCUCAAAUAUGUCCAUUUCGGAGGAAAGCAAUUCAGCGUUUUUUUAAAACCAAGUAUCUUAAUAGCCUGCAGAUGCCUUUUCAGGAUCAGAAGGAGCUUUAUUGUCAAGUAGUGUUUUACACAUACGAGGAAUUUGCUGUGGUGAUAAGGUGCUACAUGUAGACAAACAUACAGUCAACAUAAAUAAAUGUGGAAAUAUAUAAAUAUGGAAUAAGAUAAGUUUUUGUAGCAACUUGUAUAGUGUAGUGUUUUGGGGUAACAUAAAUAUUAUCGCAGGAGUCCGGAAGGAUAGCUUUGGAUAAAUAAAUAAAAGCCAGGGAAUAAAUGACAAGCUGUGUUUUCCCUGAACCGACUGAAACACACGUUUGUGUCAGGUUGCCUUUGGCCUGGAUUUAGGAUGACAUGGUAAAACAAAGCUUUGUAGAAACAAGGGUAGGCUCGCUAUCAAUACUACACCGACUGAAGGGCUCAUAAAAAGACAAAUGAGGCUUAAACUGUUCACUGAUGACCAUGUAAAGAUAGUUGUUCCACUUAUGGUGAUUUCUUACUUUCUUUGUGUUUGUAUGUUCUAUUUUAGGAGAUACUUUAAUCUGACAGUGAUGAUAAAUAAAAUGCAAAUUAAUUAUUUAUGUCAAAUUUGAUCUAAAAUCAUCAAUCAUAGAUGUUACAAGCUAUAACCUAGAGUAGCUAAAUAUUUUUAGUAAAUGUAGUCAAUUUACUUGAUCAGUCUGGGACUUUUGUGUUGAGUUUUUCAUGCUUGUCUGUGGUUACUUUCUGCCUUUGAGUGGCUACGAUCACAGUAAAGUAGAUCAGUGCUGAAUUAGUGUGGUCUGUUCUUCUUCUGUACUGAUUGGGUGACAACAGUUCAAAUUUAGUGGCUGUAAAAUCCACAGGGCGGAGCUCAUUAUCAUUUUACAAAACGCCGUUUGUUUAGUUAACAAAACAGCGUUUAAAAUGGCGUUUUGUUAACUAAACGCCGCUUUUUACGGCGUGCCAAAAGAAAACGGCGUUUUUCGCGGCGUUUUUAUACACAAAACGC